AUGUCUCCGCAACGCGGGGCCCCGGACAAUGAUGGGGACGAAGCCACGUCCCCGCGUUCAUUCGUUAGCUUGAUGGCCUUGGAGCGACUUGAGGAAAUUGUGAUCACGCAUCCUGAUGCAACAAAACCAGAAAGGAUUGAGAGAUUUCGUUCCCUGUCAACACCUUAUAACCCCGGCGGGGGUACACGCUCAUUCGGCGGACAUGUCUAUGCGCAAUCAGCAUAUGCGGCGUCCAAAACCGUCAGCCAAGGAUUAGUGAUUCAUGAUAUGACCGGCUCAUUUAUCCGAGGAGGACGACUGGACGUGCCAUACGUGUACACAGUACGUCACAUCCGCGAUGGACUCAUGUACAGCACACGAGCCGUUGACGCACGGCAAGCAGGCAAGAUCUGCUUCUCGUGUAUAUGCUCUUUCAAGAGAGAUGAAAAGCAGCGUCCCUUCCAUCACCAGCCAACAUCGGCACAAACGCGCUUCGAUUCAAUCCUCUCCGCAAAACGACCAGAAGACCAGUCUUCCAGUCCCAGUGUGGACGCGGAAUGGUGGAUUGAGAAUGUUCGCCAGGGAAAUAUUGCUGAACACGAAUUCCCCGGUCUGGAUGUGCGCAAGACUGAUAUGAUUGGUUACAACCACGCCGAGGAGGUCAAGCAGCAUCCUGAGCGAUAUCGCCAGCUAACGCAGUAUCGGAUGAUAGGAUCACCGGAUGGUAAUGCUUCUGCGAGCUUGGCACAGAUUCGACAGAGAGAAGAAGCUGGGGAAUAUGAUAAUUUGUAUGCCUGUGCGCAUAUGUAUUCCAGUGAUAAGAACUCGCUUCUUCUGAUUCCCCGCGCGCUGGGAAUCAAGCAUUGGACUGAGAUGGCGAGCCUUACACUUACGGUCAUCGUGCAUCAGCAUGGGGAGGCUCUGCGGAUGAUUGAUUGGGAUAGAGUUAGUGAUGAUGAUGCUGGGAAUGGGAGUGAAUUGCCUAUGAAGUGGUUUGUGCAGGAAGGAUGGACGCCUCGGGCUGCAGAGAAUCGGGCAGUUCAUGAGAGCCAUCUUUGGAGCCCCGAUGGGACUUUGCUGGCGACUUCCUUGCAGGACAGUUUGUUGCGCUUAAGGAAGUUAGACGCUGCAAAUUUGUGA